GAAAGAACCCAAACAAACUCAUGUCUAAAGUAAACAAAUUAUACAAGGGUAACUUCAUUAUAACUUUCACAAAACUUUGGUUUCACCUUUCUCUAUUUUCAUAUAUCUUCAUAUAAUUAAUAAGAUUUACUUACUACUACGUAUAUGAGAAAACAAAAACAAAUCCCUAUAUAUAUAUAAGGGUGACCAUCACAAGAUUUUGAUAACUUUGAUUAUGAAUGUUGUUUUGAUAUGAAAUGUAGGUUGAAUAAACAGUACAAAUGUCAUUGGCCAACAGAUCAAAAUAAACAAACUUACCUUUCAACCCACAACCAACUAUAAAACUUAAUCACAAGAAAUACAUGUUCUUCUUCUAAAUCGAUCCUACCAAAUGGAACUUCAUCUUCUCACCUUCUUUGCAUAACAUCUAUCUCUUUCGUCUUUUGUUCUUUUCUUUUUCUAUUUUCUAGAACCCAAAAGACUCAUCAAGUUCCAAAAAAGUAAGAUCAACAAAAAUGGAAAAGAAAAAUGCACUUAAAGAUGAGGCGUUGGUGCAACAUCCAUUUCUACUCGUAUUAGUUGUUAUAUUGAGCUUCAUUAUAAUGGAUCCGUUUGAGUUGGGUCCUUUGGGUGGGUAUGAAUUCAAGCCCGUUAAGAAUCAAAUUGCGCCUUACAAGGAAGUCAUGAACAAUUGGCCUCGAGACAACCAAAGUCGAUUGGGCCAACACGGGAAAUUGGAGUUUGUUGAUCAAGUUUUUGGGCCGGAGUCAUUAGAGUUUGAUAACUUGGGCCGAGGCCCAUAUACGGGAUUAGCCGAUGGUCGGGUUGUAAGGUGGAUGGGAGAGAGAGUCGGGUGGGAAACAUUCGCAACUGUGACGUCAACUUGGUCAAUGGAAUUAUGUGGGAAAGGAGUUGACUCAACAACGGCGAAGCAAUGGAAGUUCGAGCAGUUGUGUGGGCGCCCAUUGGGCCUUCGAUUCGACCCAAAAACUGGAAAUUUGUACAUUGCUGAUGCAUACUAUGGGCUUCUUGUAGUUGGGCCUGAGGGUGGGCUUGCUUCUCCUUUGGCAACUCAUGUAGAUGGGCAGCCCAUUCUUUUUGCCAAUGAUCUUGAUAUUCACAAAAAUGGCUCCAUUUUCUUCACUGACACUAGCAAGAGAUAUAAUAGAGUGCAUCACUUCUUGAUAUUAUUGGAGGGAGAAUCAAGUGGUAGACUACUUAGAUAUGACCCAUUUACCAAAGAAACACACGUGGUUUUGAAUGGUUUGGCUUUUCCAAAUGGAGUUCAAUUAUCAAAAGAUCAAUCUUUCCUCCUCUUCACUGAGACUACUAAUUGCAGGCUAAUGAAGUUAUGGCUUGACGGUUCAAAAACUGGACAAGUAGAGGUGGUAGCAAACUUGCCAGGAUUUCCAGACAACGUAAGACUAAACGAAAAGGGCGAGUUUUGGGUAGCCAUAGAUUGUUGCAGGACCGCGCCACAAGAGGUGCUGAUCAACAACCCAUGGUUAAGACGAAUGUAUUUUCGGCUGCCACUACCGUUGAAGAUUCUGGCUAGGUUGAUGGGGAUGAAGAUGUACACCGUUAUAUCUCUGUUCGAUGAGGAAGGGAAGAUACUUGAUGUAUUGGAAGAUAAACAAGGUGUGGUCAUGCAAUUAGUGAGUGAAGUUAGAGAGGUUAAUGGUAAAUUAUGGAUUGGAACUGUGGCUCAUAACCACAUUGCUAGUAUGCCUUAUCCUGCAUUAGUUUAAAACCAAUUCAUGUGUUUUGGUCAAUUAAGUUGUUUUUUUUUUAAAAGGAUCGGAGUUUGUUGAUGUUUUGGAAUUGCAUGUUAGAACUUGAUUUUUUAGAUUCUAGAGGGAUUGAUUGAAUAAAUACAUAACUUAGACAUUCA